AUGCCGGCAGUGAACACUUUGGAGACCACAACUGAUUUCAUACCCGAAGACAAUCAUGUGGCCGUUACCAACGGGGAAGGAACAAAAAUGCUCUCCUAUCCGAUUUUUGGCCUUCGUAACAAGUAUUUGGAGGAUGCCGAAGAUGAUUUUCUCUAUCAUUUUGGAAUUGGAAUCAAAACUGUGGAUAUACCGAAAGUGUUCGGAGACACUAAGUUUGUCUGCACUGGCGGUUCACCAACAAGACUGAAAUUAUACGCUGAAUGGUUCUCGAAAGAAUGCGGUCUCGAAUGCAGUGAAAAUCUCUCAAAAAGUGAUCGUUUUGUUCUGUACAAAACUGGCAAAGUGGUGUGGGCUAAUCACGGCAUGGGAACUCCAUCGUUAAGCAUUAUGCUCAUUGAAAUGCUGAAACUUAUGCAUCACGCUAAAGCAGAAGAUGUUAAAUUUAUUCGUCUGGGAACUUCUGGUGGUGUCGGCGUCGAGCCGGGUACGGUAGUCGUCACCACGAACGCAAUGAAUGGUGAACUUACCGAUAAAUACGUUCAAUGGAUUGCCGGUAAAAAGGUAGAGCGCGAAACCUGGCUUGACGAAGAUCUUCGAAAAGAACUCGUAGCAAUAGCGGCAGAAAAGGAAAUCCCUGUAGAAACUGGUCUAACUCUAUGUGCUGAUGAUUUUUACGAAGGCCAAAUGCGUCUUGACGGAUUCUUUUGCGAGUAUAAAUCGGAUGAGAAAUUUGAUUUCCUUAAGAAGAUCUACGAAAAAGGUGUUCGAAACAUUGAAAUGGAAAGCACAUGCUUUGCGUCAAUGACAUAUCGUGCUGGUGUAAAAGCGGCAAUUGUUUGUGUGGCACUGCUGAAUCGUAUGAAAGGUGAUCAAGUGAAGAUUGAACACGAUCAAUACAUUGAAUUUGAGGAACGACCUUUCCGCUUGGUUACUGCACUUAUUAGAAGGCAACUUGGAUAUUAA